AUGACUUACGCCGAAUCUGAGAAAGGCAAAAACUACAAAACCCUAGGAUUUAGGAGGUUUGUCCCUCCGCCGCCGCCAGCCACGUCUUCCUCGGGAUCUCCUCCCGAUCCAGCCGCCUCCUACCUCGAAUUCCCAUGCCAACCAACCUCAGCCGCCAGCCUCCCACCUGCACUCGCGCCCAAGACCCUAUCGGUGCAUCCCUGUCGUCCCAAAUCAGCAGCAGUUGCCAAGGAGUUGCUCGACCCCGAGCUCGCCGGACCGGCCGUCGGUGGCAACAACAAGCAGCUGCAGGAGACAGCCAUGGCUGGCCAGGAGCUCAAUCCCCGCCAUGGCCUCACCCGAUCUGCUCCAAGCCCAGCCGCCCGUGAUGAGCUUAGCGUGUGCCCGGAUCUACCUCCCCAAGCUUGUUUCAGGCACUGUCGACCAUUGUCAUCGUCCUGCACCUCGCCUGUGCACCGGCGUCCUGUUGUUUCCGCGCUAUAAGCAGCCCGUCAUGCCUGAAAUUCAGACUUUUCCUAGAUUCGUUCUCGCAAGUGUAGGUUGUUUAGAAUUGGUACUAGUUUCAUGUACAAGCAUACAUCUAGUUGAGUUGGUUAGUGCAGCAGUCGUGCUUUGCGUAGGCCGCGGGAUCAAAUCCCCACCGCUACACUUCUUCUUCUGCAUUUUGUGAUGUUUUCAAAGUAUUAGGUCUAUCUGUGUUUCAUGUUUGACAACGACCCUGUUUGUUCACACACCAGAAGCUAGCCGCGAGCUGGUUUGCGCUCUAUAUUCAGUCUAGGAGGUCAUGUGUUUGAUA